CUAACUACGCAAUGUGGCCGCCAAAGGGGAGCGACUAGAGCCAUUAACCUGAAGGAGAGAGAGAAAGAAAGAGAAAGAAAAAAGUGACUACUCAGCAAACCAGCUGCUCAGUUAUAAUUAUUGUUUUUUUUUCUAACAACAGAAUAGAAAAGAAAGCUAGAAAGAUCCUGGUUGAGAGAGAGAAAGAGAGAGAGAGAUCCAUAAACAUUGCAGGCAUAUAAUAUAUAUAGAUAUAUUAGACACAGUGGGUGACAAGAAGAAGCAGUCGACGGACAUUUCCCUAUAAGUAGUCACAUGACAAUUCCAACCUUGUGUGACUUAAAGAAACAUUUAAGUUGGUCGUUGUUGCUUUAAUUUCACUUUUACGUGCUCCAACCACACUUUCUCCUCUGCGGUUCGACCACGAACAACAUUCUUUUCUCACUUUGUCCACAAUUCCAACUCUUGUUUUCGAGUUGGUCUACCGAUUUUUACUCUUCUUUUUCCUUCUCUCUCUCUGUUUUUUAAAACUUCCAUGCAAAUUCUUUAAACUAAGAUGGUUUGAUAUUAAACCUGUGAAAGAAAUAGAUUUAUUUCCCGAAAGUCAUUGAAAAAGACUUCUUUUACAAAUUAUUUGCCAAUUUUUACAUGCAUACACACAUAUAUAUAACAUACAUAAUAUAUACAUAAUAUAUAUAUAUAUAUACACUAUAUGUGUAUAUAUUGUAUUAAUGUAUAGAUACCAAUUUAUAUGUGUAGAUACAUAUAAGCUUUGUUGAGACAUGAUGUCAUUGGAAGAAGAUUAAAUAUAGGCGGGAGGUAGAACAAAUGUAAGAAGAGCAACUUGGACAUCAGUGCCGCUAGCAACGACAGUGAUUAGAACAGCCCUCCCUUCCUCCCUCAUAAAAAAGAUGCAUAGCAAUAGAAUUAACCGAACCAAAAACAGUUUUCUGAAGCGUCAAACUAAAGGUCCUGUGGAAGGAUUAUUUUGUAACUAUAGUCAUCGAGUAUGUAUGCAAAACCGAUUGGAUGGCUCCCUGUAUUGUCUAAAACACAUACUUGAAGACAAAAACACUCCAUUUAAACAAUGCAGUUAUGUAGCGACCAAGACUGGUAAAAGGUGUCCAAAUGCAGCCCCAAAAGUUGAUCGCAAAGAUGAAGAACCAAAGAAAAGAGAAUCUGUUGUGAAAAGAUAUUGCUUCUUCCAUGCUCGAAGAGCUGCGUUGCUACGUCAACGCUCAACACGAAAAUGUAAACCAAAGGAAACUCCAGAAACUCUAUUGGAAGAACUUGACCAUUAUGGUAGUCCAGAAUGUGAGAGUGAUGUUAGAAAAUACCGGAAUAAUAAUGAAAGUCUUGCUAGCAGAAUAAUUGAUUAUGCCAGCUCAAGUGAUUCAGAUGUAGAACCUCCUCUUGUUGACCAAGCAUGGCGAGGAGAGGGUGAAAGUGAUGCUGAGAGUAUUGACAGUGAGCAGGAUGAUCCUUUGAAACAUGCUGCAGUUUACACAGCCGAAGAAGUGGCCCUAAUUUUAAGGGACAAACUAAUUCGAUUACAGUCACUCUACAUUGACCAGUUCAAACGUUUACAACACAUAAUGAAGGAAAGGAGAAGAAAAUACCUACACACAUACAAGCAGGAAAGGGAAACUUUAGGCUCUGUACAAGCCUAUAAAACAUCUCCAGAUCAGAAAGAUAAAUAUGCUAAACUUGUUGCUAUGAAGAGACACCAUCGACGAUUUUGCAAGGAGACAUUAUUGUAUCAGCAAUCAAAGAGACGAAGAAUUGCAAUGACAGAAGGUACAAACUAUCGGCCUGCUGGUUAUCCUAAAUGCAUUCACAAUGAGAGUAAUGUUAAAUGUAAUUCCCGAGCCAUGCCACUCUCAAAAUUUUGUAAUGAACAUAUCUUAUAUGAUCCUGACCAGGUGCUCUAUCAACCAUGUCCUUUUGCCAAUGGUGCCUGUUCUAAGCCUGUUUCUGUCAUAGCUGACAACUGCUAUUGCCAAGAACAUGUACAGAUUAAAGAGAUGCACACAAGAGUCCCUCUAGUUAAAUUAGAAAAUCUUGAAUCUGAGCAAGCAUCAAACAAGUUUGAAACUAAUUCAGUUGCUAUCAACAAAAAGGGUUCUCAGAACAAUCCAAUGUCGAAUCAACCAUUGACAUUUGAUCCAAGUUUAGAUAAAACUUGUAAACCUUCAUCUCUGACUAGUAAACUAGAAGGCACUAAACAUCUUGUGUUACAGACUGCUCAGAGUUCAACACCAAUGCUGCUAUCUUCAAAUGUACAGUCAGGACACCUGCAGCACUUGAAACAGUUGCAGCUGUCACAACAACACAAACUGCAACUGAAAGCCCAACAGUCACAGGCUCAAACUCAGACAUCACAACCUUCUACACUUAAAUUGCAGCAGGGUAUUCAGAUUCAACCAUCGAAAAUUUUGCAGAGCUCUUCACUGCAGCAGCCAACCAAGAUGCUACAAAAUCGGUGGGUUCAACAGAUGAAGCUGUCUCAUAACCAACAAUUGUUGCAGUCAGCUGCAAAGUUGACUCAGCAGUCACAGUCAGCUGGGAGAUUACCAGCCACUCAGAAUUCCCACAAAUCACCUGCAUCGACUCCUCCUCAAAAGACAGCAUCUGGAUUGAAGGGGACUGCAACACCUGCACUAACAUCUCUCAAAUCCAAACCAGAUACUGGUCUGACUUCACCAAUUGCUAGUCAGCAGUCCAUUGAUGACAAAACUAUUGAACAUAGAACUUAGUGUGUGUAUGUAUGUAUGUGUGUGUGUGUGUGUGUAUGUAUAUAUAUAUAUAUACACUCACACACACGUGCGUAUACACUCACAUUCAUUUUUUUUUUUUUUUUUUUUUUUUUUUUUUUUUUGUUACCUUUCUCUCAUCAGCAACUGUGUUGCUUUUCUUUUGCCUGCCUACUAGUUAAGUUUCUGCUGAAAGCAAGGCACAAUAAUUGCUAAUUAGAUUCAUUUUGAAGCCUUUCUCUAAUAAUUGAAAUUAAUAAAGUGGUUUGUGGUGCUGUCAGUCAGUUAACAGAAUUGGUGGAACAGAAUUUUGUAUGUUGGAGGUAUGGGUUGUAUCUGAACCCUAGACUGAAUACAUUUACAAUAGUGAGAUAUACUUCUGAUUUCAAGUGUUGCUGGGAUUGACAUUUUUCAUCUCUUUGUGGUGAUAAAAGAUGUAUCAGUAAUACAAUGGUUUCAUAUGAGCUGUUCCUGAAGUAACUGGCUUUGUAUUAGGAGAUGAGAGUAUUUGGUCAGUAUAGAUACAUUUUAGUGGAUUGUUUUUCUAUCAAUCACUUCUUUCUUCUCUAUCUUUUAUUUAACUGUUAACUUUAGCUGUCAUAGGAACUAUUCCUGAACAUAGUAUUUUUGUCUUAAGCCUGUAAAGAUUUACUAUUGCUGCCAUUUCAAGCAGGCGGCCUAGAGCUUUAACUCUUAUUUGCCAGUGAUAAUGAAACCCAGUCCUGGCCCAGUAUUUUAAGUCAUUUUAUCCAAGUUAUCAACAAGUGAAUAAGACCUUUGUUUUGCUGAAUGAAUGCUGUGGUUCUUUCUCUCUCCCUAUCUGCUCCCUAUUCUUCUUUUGUUCCCUCUCUUGACAUUGCCUGGUUUGUGUGUUUUCUAUAAAUUACUAUCUUCCUGUUAUCUGGUUGCCAAAUAAGCAGUUAGCUUAGCCAAACAGCAGUUCCAGGCUUGAUUCUGCAGUAGUCUUCAUUUGUUUCAGAUAAUUGAAAUAUAUUUGGCAUGAAUAAAUAAUACUUCUGGAUUUUUAGAUGUAAAGUAAAUAUAUAGAUUUUCUCUUUAUAUUUUUAAACUCUUAACAAUCUGUAGUUGCUAUGAAGAUGUCUCUUGAUAAACAAAAGCAAUCUUUCUACCAAGAAUUUUAACAUUCCACUUUCUACUAAUCAAA